CAGCAAACAAUAUAUUGUCGCCCACGCUGGCGUACAUCAUAGAACAGCCCUGCUAGCAUGCCAGAUUAUCGCUGGGAAUGCCUUCGAAAACAGCUAUUUCUCUCUCGAUAACACGGGUCAACACAAGUCCAGGUACCACUUGAUGGCAUCUUGACAGACGUGGAGUACUACUUCAUCGUUGAAGGCUCGGGUAAAAACUGCCUCCUCCUAAGCGUGCUUUCGCUAAACUUUUAGUGGUUUAUCCUGUUGUCCCUAGUUUCCGAGAUUGGGAGUUCGCCCAUGGCCGUAUCCCCGAUUGGUGACCUUCUGUCAACGCCGGCUCUGUUGUUGCUAUGGACUGCAGUAUUACCAGGUCUGGUUAUGCCGUCAAAGAAGCCUAUCUUAUACCAAAAGAGGAAAGACAUUGGUAUAUAUAGAAUGGAAUGCAACGUUAUGGGUUUGAUCUGCCUGAUAUCAACAACAAAGCGAAUCUCAUUCCUCUUAGGAAGGAUAUACACUCUGCAUUUGACGCUCGGUGGUUUGUUAUUAUUCCAAGGAUUGUUACUUGGCGUCGGCUUUGACGCGCUGUCUGUCCACGCAAACUUGAAUGGGAGCGAGCCAUGACCCGACCCAAUCCCCGGUCCAGACGUCCACGUCCAUCUGGGUACCAGUCGAGAAGAUGCCUGGGGCCACCACCAUAUCGAUCGGGUCGCCCUGGUCUCCGACCC